AUUCUGCGCAUGUAUUCUGAAAAUCGUGCUUAACUAUACUCCUAGGCAGAGCGAACUUUCUUCGUGCGCAUGACGUAACGAAUCUUCUGGUAUACCUCUAGUAGCCAUUUUGUUUUCGUCGGGACGGCUGAUCAAGAGUAUUCUAAACUGCUGCCAUCAUGUCACAAGUAGAGUGGAAGACAGCGCCAUUUGAUCCAAGGUUCCCAAAUCAAAAUCAAACAAGAUACUGCUACCAAAAUUUCUUGGAUUUUCAUCGCUGUUCCAAUAAACACAGUCAAGAUUAUGAACCCUGUAAGUACUUCAAACGAGUCUACACUUCUGUAUGCCCGAAUGAUUGGGUUUCUAAAUGGAAUGAUCAAGUUGAAGAGGGCACAUUUGCAGGAAGAAUUUAGAAAGGUUGUUAUCUAUGAACUUUGCCUUCCCUUUUAGUGAAUUCUUUGUGAAGAACAGGAUAUUCAGAUCAUUUUCUCCUGUUUGUAAAGUAAUUAAUAAUUAUUAAAAUGAGAAUAUAAAUAUGUA